AUGGCGAAGCGAAAACAUGGAACGUCUGAAUAUAGCGGUUCUGAUGGUGAGGAUGAUGGGCGGCGGCCUGCUAAGGAACCUCGUCUGGACCAGGAGGUCGUAGAGGAAGAGGAAGAGCAGGCGACGAAUGCGGAGAAGGCGAAUACCGCGAAGGGGCACACGAAUGGAGAGACCCCUCAACCAGCUCCGGGCAACACGGAAGAUGCGAAUACCGCAAACGGGCCCGCGAAUGGAGAUACAGCGUCCCUAGUUUCGAACGAGAAAGCGGCGGGAAAGGGCAACGUAAAGAGAACUGGGACCGCAAAAAAUCCUAUUGUACUGAUUGGAUAUCCCGAUUCCUCCGACGAGGAGAACGAAGGAGUCGAAGCCGCGGACACAAACAAGACUGGUCCGUCGAUCACUUCUCCCCAUCCACCUCCUUCCCAAGCGCAACAGAACGCAGAAGACUCUGAUCUCAAUCCCAGUCCCAAUCCCACUCCCCCUCCCCCUCCCCAACCAACCCCCCAAAUCCGCAACAUCCGCUGGUACCCAACCACGCGCCUCGAAUGGCUCUCCAGCUACCUCAUCCAAGCCGACGUCCCCGGCCCACUCCUCAUGUCCGAAUUCGCCGACACCGCAAACACGUCCUCUCCUACCGCCGCCUUCUGGACCGACGCGCACUACAACUGGGCGCUGGAGCUGCUGCGCCGCAAAUACGCAUCCCACAAGGACAUCUUGAUCGCAGCGACCUGGGUGUCGACGUCGCUUCAUGUCAUCUUCAGGCAGACGGCGAAUCCAUCGCUUGUGUGGCAGGAGGACUUGACGGAUCAGGGCAAGCCGGCGGUGAGGCGCGUGGUACCUGCCACGGCGGCGGAGGAGUACUCGGAGGUGUUUGCGCAGCUGAAGGACAAGGAGAUUGUCGUUUUACCUGUCAACGAUGACAUGGGGACGGGAGAGGUGAGUAGCGAAGGGCCGGGUAACGGCUUGCACUGGUCGUUCAUUGUCAUCAAUCGAAGGAGGAAUUCGGCACAUUAUGUUGAUCCCAUGGUCAUGGUUAAGGGGCCUCGGGAUAGGAUUGUCGACAUCGAAUGGAAUGCUGUGACGGCUGGCGAGAUCUUGUGCGGAUAUGAUGAGAUCAUGUCGAUUGAGCCCAGGGGUAACUUCGACGCCACGACACUCAGAUACGUUCCCCAUAUGGCGAAUGAUAACCACCGUGACGGUGACGCACGAAAUCCACGAAAUCUAGAUCCCGGCCCCUGCGGCCCUUACAUUUACGCGAUUCUGGAUUAUAUUCUUCAGCGCAGAGAGUUGAUUGACAAUGGGCUGGAGGUGUCCUUCUCAAAGGAGAACAAACCCAAGCGUAAGCUGGAACUCGGAUACGACUCCAUUAAAGCCAGGAAGAGGAUCAAGCUUGCACUCUGGCAAGAACGUCUCGAUCUGGAACGGCAACGGAAUGAGACGGAAGAUGAAGGCCAGAAACUGUGUCCAUUGAACCUCACGCUUGAGGUGUUGGCUGACAGUACCCCUGAACUUGUCAAUGCCAUGGUGGGCCAAAUGAGGGUGAACCUUCCCACACCAGCGCCCCCGCCCACGAGUAAAAAAGGAGGUGGAGGUGGAAGAGGAGGUGGAGGUGGAGGAGGAGGAGGAGGAGACGACGGGGGAGACGACAACCCACAGCCACCCGACGAGGAAGACGAUGGUGGAAAUGCGGUCCAGCCAGACACUGACGCGAUAAACGACGACGACAUUGCGCAGGAAAUUCUGGAGCAUGGUUUCUCAGACAAUGAAGAUCCCAUCGACGAAGACCUGGACGAGGUCGGUAACGAGGAGUUUGACGAUGACGGGAAUCCUGUCGAUGAAGGAGCCGCAAGCGAACAUCCAAACGCAGACGGCGAUGGCGACGGAGAGCAAGGCGAACAGGAGAAUCCAGACGACGAAGGAUCCAUGCAUGAAGGUCCUGACAUGGACGAUGAGGAGCAGAACGAACAGGAGAAUCCAGACGAUGAAGAACCCGCGCAUGAAGGUCCCGACGUAGAUGAGGGCGAAGACGAUGACAACAACAAUGAUGAUGAUGACGACGACGACGAUGAGUCCGAGCAUGGCAAAAAGCCCCGUAAACGGAAAGGCAAACUCACCGAAGAGGAGGAACGAGCCCUCCAGCAACAAUUGGCGGCCAAAUAUCCGGUCCCAAACAUAGACGAGAACGUCAAAUGGGAGGAUUUCAAUAAGAAGAAGCCACCCCAAAAAGACAUCAAAAAGAUGUCGGUAGACCAUGUACAACGGUGGGCCAGUGCAGUGGCCCGAGUAAGAGAACAGGAAAACGACAUCUCUGAAGAGGACCAAAAGAGCAAGCGUUGGGCUAGAGCCUGUAAAAGGGUUGGGGAGGGAAAGGCAGAGUUCCUCUUCCGAGAUAAAUAUUAUAAUAUGACGGACAAAGAGCUGGAAGAAAGGGAUGCCAAAGACAAGGAGAGGAAGGAGAGGAAGAAGGCCCUGGCCCAGGCAACCCAGAGCAACACAAAACCAAAGACCAAACCCAGUAAAACGACAACCAAAAGGACAGCCAAACCCAAAACUACAACCACGCAGCCCGCAGCCCAACCCAAGAAGAAACAAGAUGCAAAAGCCACGCCGGCCCAACCUCAAACGCGACCAACCCGCUCCAAGACCACCAAGCCGACAAAAGCCCAACCGGCCGCAACCAAGAAGCCCGCGACCGCAAAGUCGACACGGGGCAAAGGCAAGAAGCCUCGCGGGGAGGAAGAAGACGACGAAGAGAACGAAGAGGACGAAGAGGACGAAAAAGGCAAAAAGGACGAAAAGGGCAAAAAGGGCAAGGAGGGCAGAACAGGACGAGGAAAAUAA